AUGAUUACUAAAUACGAUAAUUAUACUUACGUGAACGACGAUGGCGACAACUAUAAAAAAUACGCGAAUCUUACAACCGAGCCGAAUCGUUGGAUUUUGGAGCCAUUGGGUAUCUGGCCAUUGAAAAGAGGAUCUACCGAGGUUUCUUGGAAGGACAGGUGUUUCCGUAGAGGAAAAAGCGGGAUCUUUUACUUCCUGAUGAUCUUCGUCUUUAUAUCCUGCGCUCCUUACGUGAUUUUGGAGGUCGAAAAUAUCUAUGACAAAUUGAAGCUUACAGGUCCAUUGAGUUUCUGUGCGAUGGCCAUUCUCAAGUAUAUCUUCUUGACUAUCCGAAAGGAAGAGAUUCAAUGUUGCAUCGAAUCGAUCGAGAUGGACUGGAAAAAGACAACGCAUUUCGAGGACGAACGAAUAAUGAUCGAGAAAGUUUACUCUGGACGUCGUCUCGUGACCAUUUGCAUCGUUUUCACUUACGGUGCUGCUAGUUUUUAUUACAUUGUCUUACCUUUGACGAGUGGGAAGGUUCUUGCACCGGAUAUGAACAUAACAUAUAGGCCAGUUCCUUUUCCCGUUGCUAGCUUCCUUAUGGACAUUCGUUACAGUCCGACAAACGAAAUUGUUAUCUUCAUUCAAUGUCUCUACGGAUUUGCGGCUCAUUCUAUCGCAGCUGGUGCUUGCAGUUUGGCAGCCGUUUUCACGAUGCACGCUUGCGGACAGCUGCAGGUUCUGAUGAAUUGGCUGGAACACUUAUUGGAUGGUCGGGAAGACAUGUGUUCCAACGUGGACGAAAGAAUGGCGAGUAUCAUUCAACAGCAUGUUCGAACUUUGAAUUUUAUAUCGCUCACUGAAAACUUAUUACAUGAGGUUUCUCUAGUCGAGGUCGUAGGAUGUACUUUAAAUAUGUGCUUGCUUGGAUAUUAUUGCAUCAUGGAAUGGAACAAGACCGAAAGAUUAGGAUGCCUAACGUAUGGCAUAAUUCUUACAUCCGUUACUUUCAAUAUUUUCAUAUUCUGUUACAUCGGGGAGCUUCUCAUGGAGCAGUGUAAAAUAUUAGGAGAGCGAUCGUACGCGAUCGAUUGGUACCGUUUACCAGGAAAGAAAAGUCAACCUCUUAUUCUUCUAAUCGCCAUGUCGAGAACAACAACGAAAUUGACGGCUGGAAAUUUCAUGGAGCUUUCUUUAAGUAGCUUCAGCGAUAUUAUCAAAUCGUCGGUCGCCUAUUUAAAUAUGUUACGGACAUUGACCUAUCGUUACGUCCCUUCGACGAAUACUGCCGCAGGAACUUCAAUGAAUAGCGCAGGCGCGUAUUCGUGCUUACUACGUGACUGGCGAAUGUUCAUUCGAACAUCGAUCAUGGCUGAUGUGUUGUGCGUGCCAAGCAUGCGAGAUAAUCUUGAUGAGAAUGCGAAUUUUAAUGUUCAGCUGAAUCGUUGGAUUUUAAAAUCGAUCGGUGCUUGGCCAAAAUCUUCCGAUAUUUCGUACUGUCAGAUUUAUUUGCAUCGAUUGAACAAAACAAUUUGUUACGCUCUUAUUAUCUUCCUUAUGAUACCAUGUGGAUUAUACUUGACGCUUGAGGUAAAGGAUACCUAUGAUAAAUUACGACUUACUGGACCAUUGAGCUUUUGUCUGAUGGCAAUCAUAAAAUAUUGUGCUCUAAAUAUACGAGAAAACGAUAUUCGUCGAUGUUUCGAAUACAUCGAAUGGGAUUGGAAGAAAGUUAAACACAACGAGGAUCUCCAGAUAAUGAAGGAAAACGCAAAUUUGGGCCGUCGUAUCGUCAUCGUUUGUGCAACGUUCAUGUACAGCAGUGCUGCUUUUUAUUACAUAGCUGUACCUUUCGCGAGAGGAAUGAUAACCGAGGUGGACAGCAAUGUCACCUACAGACCUCUCGUUUAUCCCGUUGCAAAAAUCAUCGUCGACGCGCGUCGUAGUCCGAUCAACGAGAUCUUCUUUGGUAUUCAGUGUAUCUCAGGAUUCCUCGCCCAUUCUAUUACGACCGCUGCUUGCGGACUUGCCGCUACCUUUGCUAUGCACGCUUGUGGACAAUUGCAGUUGAUUAUCUCUUGUUUGGAAAAUCUGGUUGAUGGCCGUGAAGACUCUAACGAUACCAUCGAAGAGAGACUUGCGGAUAUCGUCCAACGUCAUGUCCGGACAUUGAAUUUUAUAUCGCUCACAGAGGAAGUGUUGAAUGAAAUAUCCCUCGUAGAAGUUGUUGGAUGUACCAUGAAUAUAUGUCUUCUUGGAUAUUACUGUAUCACGGGCUGGCAAUAUAACGAAACCAUGGGUCGUGUGACCUAUAUCAUUUUAUUCGUAUCAGUCACAUUUAAUAUCUUUAUAUUCUGUUAUAUAGGUGAACUUCUCGCCGAUCAGUGCCAAAAAGUAGGAGAAAGAUCCUACAUGAUCGACUGGUAUCGUUUACCAUGGAAAGAUGUUCGCGGCCUUGUUCUAAUCCUUGCAAUGUCUAAUUCACCGAACAAUCUAACAGCAGGAUAUUUGAUAGAACUAUCGCUAACCAGUUUCGGCGAUGUUAUCAAAUCAUCGCUCGCAUACUUGAAUAUGUUGAGAACAUUGACCGAAUAAAAUUCGACCGAUACAAGACGAAGAGGCACGAACAGUGAAUAUUAUGAUAAUCGAUAUACCUACGCAAGAUCGACGUUAUUAGAAU